CUCCGACCUGGUUUGGAGCUGUUAGUACAGAUGCGACUCCCACUUGGAGUCGGUGCCGCGCUUACUCGUAGUUAAUUCGUGAUUCUACCGUGGACCAUGUCACCCAAGUGAACCCAGCUUAGUAUGGCGGAAAUCGUGUCGGUGAUUAUAACAGCUCUGAACGGGGCCAAGUGGAUUGACACAUGCUUCAAGUCAAUUUUGUGUCAAACCGCCGGCAGCGACAAAACCUUGCAGAUUGAGGUGUGUGUCUUUGAUGAUGCCAGUACGGACAACACUCGCGAAUUGCUGCAACGCUGGAAAACGAUAUUGGAAAGGAGUGGAAUGUGGAUGAAAAUAGUGGGCGGUAAUUCGGACCAGCCAAAAGGCGUUGGGUAUGGACGGAAUUACGCCAUUAAAUAUGCCACUGGAUCAUAUUUAUGUUUUCAAGAUAUCGAUGAUGAAAUGCUUCCAGAUAGAAUUUCGAAGCAAUAUCAAAUGGCCAAAAAUAACCAAGAUGCUAUAAUUGGCAGUAAAUUUAUUAGAACUCCGCCUAAUUCAACAUGCCGAUUUACGCGUUGGGCGAAUGAAUUGGACCCUGGGAAGUUGGAUAUUCAAAUUUAUACAACAAAUGGCCCGACGGUUAUAAUGCCAACAUGGUUUUGUCAUCGUAAAGUUUUUGAUAGAGUUGGCGCCUUUUGUGAAGAUGGAAAAGGGACACCGGAAGAUCUCAUAUUUUUCUAUAAACAUUUAGAUUUCGGAGGUAGAAUUCUCCGAGUCGAUGAAGUACUACUGAAUUAUGCGUAUCAUGAAAAUGCCACCACAUUUUCAAUUUCCAAGGAAAUUAUAUGGAAAAUACGUCUAGAACGUCUCAUUCAGAAAAUCCUACGUACAGAUCUUUGGAAACAUGGUUUCACUAUAUGGAAUGCAGGCAAACAAGGACGCCGAUUCUUUCGGGAUUUACCUGAUGAUUGCAAAUCGUUCGUUCGGGCCUUCUGCGAUGUAGACGAAAAUAAAAUAAACACCAACUACGAAUACUUUGACGAAGUCAAGCGGAAAGUAUUGUACACUGUGCCAAUAAUCCAUUUUAAAACUGCAGAAAAACCGAUCGUUGUGUGCAUGAAAUUAGAUUUGACCAAUGGAGUAUUUGAGGAAAAUUUGAAGAGUAUGAAUCUUAUCGAAGGAUUAGAUUAUGUAAUUUUCUGAUGUAAGCAAAUAAAGUAGUAUCAGAAGCUUUAUC